GUACGGGUAGGGAGUGGGUGCGGGCCGGGGGCCCAGCACUCUGGGGCUAGGGUUUGGGUAAGGUGAGUUCCAGGAACUUUGGACGUCCGUUGGCGGUCGUUGUCUCGAUCCGCCGUUUGAGCGCCCUUGACCACGACCCCGGUUGCCGUUGCCACGCCCUUGUCCGCGUCCAAAACCGCUGCGCUGUCCCGAGGAAGAGCCAUCGCCAAAAUUGCUGCCAAAAACACGAUCCACACUGCCGGCAUGAGGAGCACCGCGGCUGCCACCCCCGCUAUGCUGACCGCCGGUGAAACCACCGGCGUCCCGACCUGCCAGCAACGCCGUGCUGCUGGUUCCGCCCAGGGGAGUCCGCUGCCGAUCGAGGAUGAGGAGAGCCGAUCGUACCUGGAGGAAACUCGGCAUGGGAUCCUGGAACUGGAGAAACGAGCCCUGGAGGAUGGCGUCGAGCUGAAACCAUUCAUCGUCGUCGUCGGAGAUGGGAGCAAUAGAGCCGUUGAGAUAACCCUGAAGGUUGAACCGCUGUGCAAGAAGAAGGAACAAGCGGCUCCACUUUUUGUAGUUCGGUUGAGAAAAGCUGAGUUGGAUUGGAACAUGGAAUUUGACAUUGGAGACGGAGAAAGCCAGAUGUGGAGAUUUUUGGGUGGAGGAUUGAGAGGUGAUUUCACUUUCAGCCAUUGUAGGAGGGGGAGGAGGCUGUCGGCCGUGAAGAGAGGAGAAGGGAGAUGGCGGCGCAGGUGUUGGUUCGGCGUAAGGGGAGGGCCGAAACUAGGGAAGAUAUUUUAAGGUUUUAGUUAGGCUCUGAUACCAUGAAAGAAGUGGAAUUUUCAUUGAUGAAUUAUGAGAGGAAUACAUGUAUAUAUAUACAAAGUCUCAAUCCUAGUUAUGGUAGGAGAAAUAUUCUAGGAAACUAUACAACUAUGGAAACAAAUCAUAAUACAAUAAUAUUAAAUAUAUUUUAUAUAUUUAACACUUUUCAUGUAUUUUUUUAUUUAAUGAUCAUAAAUAUAUUUAAUAUUUUUUAACAAUAAAUUUGAAAACUAAUU